CUAAUAAAUCCCACGAAGAAGAAGUUGAUCGCUGAUGCUAAUGCUAAUGCCGCUAACACAUCGACAUAUGUGCUAACAGAAGAAACCCGAGUGUUGACAGAACGUUGUCAUGGCGACGCCGGUGUCUGUGCUCCGUCUGCCUAAAGGACCCGACCCCAACAGCCGAGGUUUUGACCCCAAGUCGCCCCGCUUCCUCGCUCUCUGCCGCACGUCUCUUUCCACUUCAUCUGCUUCUGCGUUGGACGCCGAGGAGCUGCAGAAAGAGCAGCACGCCCGAUCUGUGCUGAGGGAGCGUUUCCUGCGCUGUCUGCUCUCCGUAACUAACAAGAAGGUUCGGUUCCACAUGCAUGAGAAGGUGAACGUCGAGGCUACGUUUGGAGCGUCGGAUAUUGACGUGCUGAACUUUCAGGUGUCGGACCUGCAGACUCCCAUCGGGGUGCAGAAGGAGGCUCUGAUCAGGAGUCAGGAUGUGAUUUCGUUCACUUUUGAUAUGUGAACACUUUAGACUCACGUGAUCAGAAGCACUUUGUUGUUGUUGUCAGUGGCCUUUAUUUUGAUAUGGUCUUGUUUCAUUGAUGUUAUUUCUGUUUGAGUUUCUUCAGAUUAAAUGUGUG